GCUCUGGGUGAGUGCAAUCCAGAGAAUCUGGGUGCCCUAAUCUCCGAUGUCCUACAAACAGACCCAAGCAUUCUGGAACAGUUACAGACUCUUAUAGGGCCCAUCGACUGCGUGGAGGAUGUAUCUGCUGUAUUUGCCAACAAGCUGCUCUCUCUCCUGACUGAGUUGGCAGAGUCGGAAUCGAUGGCCACGACAACGAACAUGAGUGAUUUCAAUGACGUGUCCAUUCAAACAGCUUUACCUCCACCUCCGCAGGAUCAACAGCACCCCAGUGAUAGUGCCUUGGGGCAUCACCAUCCGAGUGUUAAUCCUUGA